CAGAAUAUAAGAAAAUAAUAUAGUUAAUCAAUGACUGUACUUUUUAGAGGCAAAUUAAGAGAAAAACAAGGUGUUGUAAUGACUAGAGUUAAGAAAAUCAACAUUUUCAGCCAUAAGUUAAGUAUGUAUUGGUGUCUAGUCGUUCCAUUUUGUCCAACCACUCCCGAUUAUUUUCCUUACAAAAACCGUAGAGUUGUUUUCAUUAUUUCAUCACUCGAAUUAUUUCCAUCUUUUCGUAUUAUUAUAAAUCCAAUAUUGUGUUGCUUUUUUUUCUUUUCUGUUUUUUUUUUUUUUUUUUUUUUUUUUUUUUUUUUUUUUUUCUAAUAUUACUCUAUUUUUUAAGUUUAAUGGAUGAAGCUCGAUGUUGGAUGGUAACGGAUCGAGCUCCUAAAUAUGAUGAUGAAUCAUGGGAGGAGAAAGCUUUUGCUGAAGACGCUGCUGGGAUGCUUGGAGGAUGUGUAUGGCCUCCGCAGUCGUAUUCCUGCAGCUUCUGUAUGAGAGAAUUUAGGUCUGCACAAGCUUUAGGUGGUCAUAUGAAUGUUCAUAGGAGAGACAGAGCGAGGCUGAAGCAGUUUUCAAGUUCACAACAUCAACAUCGAAAAGUUGAUCCUCCUCAAAAUUCAUCUUACCCCAAUCAUCCUAAUCAUUCCGAUUUAUCUUUGGUUAGUCGCAAAAGUCCUAGCACUAAAGUAGAAGAUAAUAUGAAGGAUGUGGCCAGCCCUAAUUUUACAUCUCAACCAUCUGUUGUUUCAUUACGUCAGACUACGAUCAGUAAUCCUAGAUCUCAGCUUGUUUCAUCUUUAGUAAUAAACCAUGAGAAAAACAUAUCCUUCUGUCUUAACCGUGAUCAGAAAUUUACAGAUGUACCAAAAGUCAAAAGCAUAGACCUAGAAAAACCGGACGUAGCGUUUUUCUGUCUUAACAGUAAGGAAAGAUGCAAGGAUUUAUCCUACAAGAUCAGCACGACGCCAGAGAAGCCCAGUUCUUCUAUCAGCUUAGGUUACUCGGCAAUAGUUGAAGAUAACUGCGAUGAACCAAAUAGAUCAAAGAAAAGGAAACACCAUACAUUUUCGCCACCAGCCGUAAAUAAUUUGGAUAAGGUUGAAGAACCAGCGCCAAAGGUAUAUGCAUCUAAAUUUGAGUACUUAGAUCUAGAGCUUAGGCUAGGCGAUAGCCCUAAGGUUCAAUAGUAUGUGUAUUGAUAAAUUAUUAUAGCACUUGUCAAUGAGUUUUAUUUGUCUUCUAAUAUAAUUUGAAGAGAGUGUGAUUUUUGGUUU